AAUUCUUCUCAUUUUUCAUCUGAAUCACCAGAUGGCCAUCCAUAUCUGCGGUGCAAUCCUCCACAGUCCCCACUACGUUUCCAUUCGUCUGGUGCAUGUAUGCUACGAAUCGAACCACGCAUUCAAUAAUUUAGUUUCUGGAGAAAUCUACGGAAAUAAUAUCCACAUUGGAGAUUGCGGAGAAGCCAGGAGAGUCCAUAGAAAAUUGAGCAGUAGAGACAGAGCUUGUUCGUGGUUGAGGGAGCAAUGGCGGAGGCGUGGAGAGUGAAGUGGGCAGUAGUGGUGGCGCUGCUGAUGGGGAGUUUGUUCCUGUGGAGAGAGGGGGCAGCGGACAGCACCAUCCAGAACUUGUCAAAGGCAACCAUGUCGGUGAACAGCCACAUUUUGGAUACCGGCGACACUGUAACCAUAGCCAUCUCCAGUCGGGACAGCGUCACCUCUAUCGACUUGGCCUACACUAAGAACAUAACGGGAGUCUCCAUCAAGAACAACAAAGAGUAUUUUGUGGUGGAAAACCGGGCCGGCACCGAGGCCCUUCAGGAGGGCCAGUUGGUGGCGACUCUGGAUCUUGUAGAAGCCAAGAUCAUCGAAAGUGCUUUUUGACUCAAUCCCUCACAUCAUGUCUUACAAUAUUAUGGAUGAUCAACUACUGGUAUCAGAUAUCAAAUUUAUAAAAUUUAUUACCACCAUCACGCAAUCGACGAAAAAAACAGAAAGAAGUGACAAGUAGAGUAAGAGAAUAAAAAGAAAAGUAGUAGUGAUGUUACAACACAAUGAAAGAAGUCACUAUUAGAUGCAGGAGAGGAUAUUAUUAUUAUAGGGUUCGUGUGGUAAGGGAGUUCAUCCCUAGACGUUGGUACGCACCUGAAUCUGGUGACAUUGAUACUCCAGUCUUCAGGUCAUACAUUCAUAAGAUCAACGAAUCAAUAAAACUAACUGAAUUGCAUCACC